CCCAAUUCCGCGGUUUGAUCUAACUUGGAUAUUCGGGGCCUGGACAUCCUCAGGUAGAAGGCUGGUUUCUGCUAAAUAUAUCGCAAUGAUUAAGAUUAUUCCUUCUCCCACCAAACCAUUUUGCCAGCUGACCCUAGCUUCUCGACUCGGUGGGGGCCUCUUUUAUCUCAUCUGCAUGACUAAAACUUUCUCUACACCGCUUGAAAUGUCGAUGAUACCGGAAGGUACCCAUGGCCAUAUCGCUGAGCAUGCAGCAUUGACAAGCAAGAUUAUAAUAUGCGCAAUUCCAUCAGCCAAACGGCGUAUGUUCCAUUCCCGCGCCCUAGAUUACACUUUUCUUAUGCAAGCUUAUGCCCUUACUUGCAUGGCAGUGGAGAUCGAGAGGCUCAAAGAGCUUCCUUGCCCUUCGACGCUCGCUUACAACAAGCAUCAAGCCGCCAGAAAUGAUCCGUUGGAUACGCCCCAACUCCAGAACCACUCCUUGCAGCGGUACCAUCUUGUUUUCAAAGUUUAAGGGCAAUGGCCACGUCUCAAAUCCGAUUAUAUAUAUAUUUUUCUCAUGCUUCCUUGAGCCGUGCAAUUUCGAGCAGAUUCUUUCCUGACCUAUCAGAGCUUUGAACUAGGAUAUACCACGAAGAAAUGACAUGGACAUGGUUGUUAUUAUCGAUCAACUCACUUGCCGGGGUGGCGAAACUGAGCCUAGCACGGAAGAUAGAGGCCGCCAUUAUUGGCAGUCCAGCUCGUCCCCGCCAUGCUCCAUCCUGCUCUAUGAUACAUAAAUUUUCAAAGCUUGAGGGGAGGAGGACAUGGUCAGCCAUCAAACUUGCAAGAUGAAAGAGGUAUUUGCUUCUCUUUUUCCCACUUCAAAGUUAUGUAACCCAACUGUCGUUUAGACUCUGCCCCUGAAACAUGAAGGGUUGUCAUUCCAGGGCCGUGUAUGAUCCUAAAAGCCUAACGCUGGACAACUUGGAGCCAAGCAUCGCUUCCAACUCGAAAAUGCCUCAGAGUGAUUAAUGAUAUAAGUACACUCCCAAGCACUGUCUCGGAAAAGCCCCCGUGCAGUGCAGAGUACCACCAAGAGGCAUGAAGAUCUGGGGUUUUUCCUCUAUUGCCCACUAGCCUUGGAUCGGAGAGUGAUACCUUCCAGCUCGAAAUUAUACAGGAAUUUAAGGUGGGAAUGAGAUUUCGGGAUUUCUGUCUCCUUGCCGUUAGCUUCUUUCUCACUCCGCUUCAAAUUAUUUUAGUCCUGGCAAGCAACAAGAUGGUUGGGUAUUUUUCACUAAAUACGAAGGAGGUUGGAAAUCAAGAUCAGAUAAAACUAAUUAAAACAAGCAUGCAUAAACUUGACAGCUGGGAGCAGGAGUUAAAUUGGAUGGGUGAGCAGACCUAUUAAAUAUGUGGCUAGGUGGCGUUGGAAACAAGGCCAACGUUUCAAAGCACGCAUGUACAUCAGAGAAGA